UGUAGUUGAACUGGCAACACUGGCGUUAAACUUCAAAACACGCAUGUAUGAAAAACAACAAAUAUGACUGCGACAAGGAAAUCAACGAGACGACGGCAGAAACAGAGGAAUUAAAGCAGCGUCUCGCGUAUUACGCGCUGAUUUGUUUGUUUACAUUUUAUACAUUGAAUAUAAAUAAUUAGAACAAAAUAAGUGUAUAUAAAACAUUGUUACAUUUGUGAGAUAUGUCAGAAGUCAAUAAACUUAUUUUCGGCAAAUGUGCAUCGAAGCAAUUGAUUUUUACAUAAUUGCCAAAGGACGGCGUUGAACGCCGCACUUUUUAAUUGUUUUGUUUUGUGCGUGCUUUUUUCAUGUUGUGUCUACAUAUGCUAAACUUUUAAAAUAUAUGCUAAUACUGUAGCCGAACGAGUUCUUUUGAACGUGAUUAUAUUGCUUCAUUGUGAAGAACUUCGACGGGCUUCCUUGAAAAGCUGAAAUGGCAAGUGUAAAGAUGGAGCUCAACUUAGAGGCACAAAAGGGUGUGCAAAAUCCAUUGGCAGGAAUUUCUAUUGGUGGCAGCGCCAAGGUAAUCGAGGCAAAUGAAAAUUGUGGCCAGAAAGGAUCGUAUAUAACAAGGGCUAAAAUGAAUCCUGCUAAAAGUGAUAACGAAAAACGACGACGAAAAGAUGCAAUGCGUAAGAUAUCAACUAUUUUUAAAAAAUGCGAUUCAUUGUUGACGGCAGAAGAACGCCAGUUAUGCGAAAAAUAUCCGGAUAUUGUGAAACAAAUAAAAAAACGAAAAGAACGAGUUGAAAUUUACAAAGAUCGUAUCGUCGAAAAAGAAGAUGAACAGCAUGUCAUAGAGGCAAAGGUUGAAGACUUGGCGGCGAUAAUAGCACAGUCAAAACACUUAAUUUGUUAUACGGGUGCAGGCAUUAGUACAUCAGCUUUAAUACCAGAUUAUCGUGGCAGUAAGGGUAUUUGGACUCUAUUACAAAAAGGUGAAGAUAUUGGAGAGCAUGAUUUGUCGGCUGCAAAUCCUACUUAUACUCAUAUGGCACUCUACGAAUUACAUCGGCGACGACUUUUACGAUAUGUUGUUUCUCAAAAUUGUGACGGUUUACAUUUGCGUUCGGGAUUGCCGCGAGCAUCUCUGUCUGAAAUACACGGCAACAUGUACAUGGAGGUGUGCAAGCAUUGCAAACCUAGUCCUGCGGUAUAUUGGAGACUGUUCGACACGACGGAGAUGACCGCACGAUAUUGUCAUAAAACAAAUCGACUUUGUCAUCGCUGUUCAGAGCCACUAUACGAUACUAUUGUACAUUUUGGGGAACGCGGGAAUCUUAAAUGGCCUUUAAAUUGGGCGGGUGCCUGUCAUCAUGCGGAGAAAGCUGAUGUUAUUUUAUGUUUAGGAUCUAGUUUGAAAGUAUUAAAAAAAUAUACAUGGCUGUGGCAAAUGGACCGACCAGCAAAGCAACGUGCAAAAAUAUGCAUUGUCAACUUGCAAUGGACACCGAAGGACAGUAUUGCAACAAUAAAAAUAAAUGGUAAAUGUGAUCGUGUUAUGGAGAUUUUAAUGCGUGCACUCAACAUAACUGUACCCGUCUACACAAAAGAGAAAGAUCCGAUAUUUGCCCACGCAUCCCUACUUAUGCCAGAGGAGCUGCAUACGUUAACACAACCGUUGUUAAAAAGUGGCGGCGAAGAUAGAGACAAAGAUACUGAGACCGCCGAAGAUGAUGCUGAAACAUGCACCAGUGCAACCGAAGAAACUUUGGACUCAAUAAUGUCGGGAGACAGUUGUGCGGAUAUACCGAUAGGCAAAGGGCCGCGCAUACGGACACCCCUUAAGAGUAGUACCCGUAUAAAAACGAAUUUGAAGCUGAAAUACAAGAUGCCACGUAUAGAAAUGGGGAGUGGUAACCAGAGUUGUGAUGAUGAUGGGAAGAGUGAAAGGAGCGAUAAAAGUUAUAUAGAAGCAGUAAGAAAGAGUGAUAAAAAUAUAUCUAAAGAUUUGAUGAAUGAAGACCAAACUACUGUAAAAGAAGCCGACGAAGGUGGACGUUCAGCUAAAUCAUCUAAUCAACCGAGUGUACUCGUACAGUUAGAUGAAAAAAAUCAAAUUGAAAAUAUUAAACAAGAGUUAAUAGACGAGCAUUCUGCUAUAAAAGAGGAGGUUGACAACCCAAAGACAGUGGCUUGUAAUGUACUGGAAUUCAAUACAUCCGUAGAUGUGGAUAUGAAACAUGAGCAGGAAAUUAAAGUGGAACUUGUAUCGGAUUCUUUUGUAACUAAACUAACAACCGAUACUGUUCUCAAUUCAGGGAUAAAGAAAGAUGAUGACACGAAUCUAAUCAACACUAAUAUCACAUUGAACACCAACAACAACAAAGUUGCCUUAAAAAAUAUGUGCUCCUUACAAACGGAUGUUGAUGGUGUAAAAGAAGAUCCCAAAAUAGAAGUUAAAACAGAAAUUCCUGUUGAAAUGCCUGCUUUAGUACCCAUUAGUCAAAUUAAGCCAUUCAAUGUCGUUAAAUCUGAAGUAAAUCAGGUUCUAAAUACCAUGGUCAAUGUAAUUAACUCUGAUGAUGAUGAUCCCGGUUGUGAGAACGUUGUUGCCCAAAUGGACAUACUAAAAUUGCCAAAGCAAGAGGCUCUGGAUGGCAUUGGAACACAACGUUACUGGCUUUUACGCAAAUUACCCUGUUGGUACGAUGUAAAGUAUGCUUAUUCAGGUCUACAUAGUAUUGUUUAUCCACCGCCAGCCGAUAUGAAUAUUUGGAACUAUCAAGUAAUACCAAUAUUUGCCAUGAAUCGAGCAGCGGCCGCCUGUGAAUUUUGCUUUGAUAAUUAUGCCGAAUUUGAGUGUCAGUUUUAUCGUAAAUGGCAUCUCAACGAACGUAAACAUAAGAAACGCGCACGCAAUGGCCGUUUUGUGGUGUGUGAGUGCUGUUCCUACUCAGAUGAAGACGAUGAUGACUACGAUGAAAAUAUUUCGUUAGCGCAUAUAGCAGCAGCUGAGGCAGCGAAGCGGCAAUUACAGCUAAGCAACACUUUCCCCCGCAAAUUGGCGCGCACACAAGCAGGCUGGUAUGGCAAGGGGUAUCGUAAGGCACGUCGACGCAAAUAAAGUUAACAACUGCGCCAGUCCACAAAACAUUUAUGAGUAUUCUCUAUUAUUUAUACAGUCAUAAGAAGUUAUAUUUAAGGUUUGCAGCUACUGUGCAUUUUUUAAGUGUAAUUUGAAUAAAGUGUACGAAUUUAAGCGCAAGUAAUUUUGUUACGUCUUCCGUAACUGUUUGUUGAUUAGAUUAUAAUCUAAGGCAUGUUUUAUAACUAAAUGAAUAAGUUGCAAUGUACUGAAAUUUUUACCGAACGAGAUUCCUAAUAUUUAGCAUAGUCUCAAAUGACCGAUCAUACAAAAAUAUAAGUAUUAAUUGUACACACUUUCAUACAUAUAUAAUUUUGUUUUGUUCCAUUAAAAACAAUAUUGACAUCUUUCGUGGCAGCACGCUAUAGUUUAAGGUUUAUAAAUGUACUAAGUAAAAAGUGGUAAAAAAAUAAACUUUAGCAAGAGAAAACAAUAAAAAUACAAUUCUUUAAAAAGUUACUAUAUCUUUUGAAUUUAUUUGAAAUUUUGUUUAUGAUCAGUACAACUCUCUAUUUUUAUCUAGAGAAUUAUUGUUGCAACCACGCCAGUUAUUUCGUUUAAUUCAAUUACUCCAAAUUUGGAUAAACAGCUCUAUACAUAUUUGAGUGUGCUAUGAAUAUUCUCAGUAUAGCAAGUGAAUAACACGCAUAUUUUUCAGAUGUUUUCAUGGUUCGAAUUUUUUAUUUGCAUAAGCUUUCUAAAUGAUGCUGUUAAACGGUUUUUAUUUUAUAUUUAUGUAUUAUUUAUAAUAACUUAGUGUAUUCUGAUAUAUUUAUAUAUAUGUAUUUAAAUUUUAAAAUAAGUUAUUUUCAUUAUACUGUCGUUAUUCUAUUAUUCUCUUCACACGUAUGUAUAUAUAACAAAGUGUGUACGCAUUUAUGAGAUUUAGUACAAUUAUUGCUGAUGAAAAGUUGCUUCUUUCAAACAUAUUCACAAAUAUACAAUAUGCAUUUGGGUUUGCUGAAGUUUGUUUCUUUCCAACACUCAAUUCACAUUGCAAUUAAUGAUAUAAAAACAAAUAAAAACAUGCCUGGUUAAAACCUAAAUUUAUAAAAUGGUAAUGAGAGGAUAUUUAAUAACAAUGGACUUAAAAUACAAUACACAAAUAUAAAAUAUACAAUUAAAAAUUCAUAUAAAAAUAAUAAAAUAAAAUAAUAUAAUAAUGACUUAACUGCGAUAUACAUAUUUAGAAAAAGGGAUAAAUGAAGCAGUCGCCGAUUGAUAACCGAAAAGUCGAGUUAUCUAUAACUAAUACACAAGGGUGACUUGGAGUCAAUGAAUGUAAUGCGUUCUAACUAGUACCGAAUGUUAAACAUAAUUUAAGAACCCGCGUGUACAAACAUGUUUAAAGUAAUUGCAAAUGUUUGGCAUUUUAAAUAUUCCUAAGCAUAUAUUAUCUUAAACUAAUGAAUUAUUAUAUGAUAUUUGGGUAUGUGUUAUAAAUAGCAUUCCACAUUUGGACCACUUCAAUUAACUUAUAAGGUAAAAUUUAAAUUAUUAAAAUAUAGUAAAAACGGAGAGGCAAUAGUAAUACAA